AUGUGUGAGUACAGCGACGUUCAACAACAUUAAAGGAGAACUUUUAUUUUUUACAACCAAAUCUAUGUUUUUUAAUGUACACUACUGUUCAAAAGUUUGGGGUCACUUACAAAUGUCCUUGUAUUACAUGAAAACAUACAUGAAAUUAGUUUGAAUAGGAAAUAUAGAAAAAUGCAUAGGAAAUGUAGUCAUUGACAAGGUUAGAAAUAAUGAUUUUUAAUUGAAAUAAUAAUUGUGUCCUUCAAACUUUGCUUUCGUCAAAGAAUCCUCCAUUUGCAGCAAUUACAGCCUUGCAGACCUUUGGCAUUCUAGUUGUAAAUGUUUUGAGGUAAUCUGAAGAGAUUUCACCCCAUGCUUACUGAAGCACCUCCCACAAGUUGGAUUGGCUUGGCUUGAUGGGCACUUCUUACAUACCAUAACAGCUCAAUAGUGUUGAGAUCCGGUGACUGUGCUGGCCACUCCAUUAUAGAAAGAAUACCAGCUGACUGCUUCUUCCCUAAAUAGUUCUUGCAUAGUUUGGAGCUGUGCUUUGGGUCAUUGUCCCGUUGUAGGAGGAAAUUGGCUCCAAUCAAGCGCCGUCCAUAGGGUAUGGCAUGGCCUGGCAAAAUGGAGUGAUAGCCUUCCUCCUUCAAGAUCCCUUUAACCCUGUUAUUCUUUGUGAUCCGAACACCUCAAACUUCCAUUCGUCUGUCCAUAACACUUUUUUCCAAUCUUCCUCUUUCCAGUGUCUGUGUUCUUUUGCUCAUCUUAAUAUUUUAUUUGUAUUGGCCAGUCUGAGAUAUGGCUUUUUCUUUGCAACUCUGCCUAGAAGGUCAGCAUCCCGGAGUCACCUCUUCACUGUUGACGUUGAGACUGGUGUUUUGUGGGUGCUAUUUAAUGAAGCUGCCAGUUGAUGACCUGUGAGGCGUCUGUUUCUCAAACUAGGCACUCUAAUGUUUUUGUCCUCUUGCUCAGUUGUGCACCGGGGCCUCCCACUCCUCUUUCUAUUCUGGUUAGAGCCAGUUUGCGCUGUUCUGUGAAGGGAGCAGUACACAGCGUUGUAUUAGAUCUUCAGUUUCUUGGUAAUUUCUCGCAUGGAAUAGCCUUCAUUUUUCAGAACAAGAAUAGACUGACGAGUUUCAGAAGAAAGUUAUUUGUUUCUGGCCAUUUUGAGCCUGUAAUCAAACCCACAAUUGCUGAUGCUCCAGAUACUCAACUAGUCUCAAGAAGACCCGUUUUAUUGCUAUUUUAAUCAGCACAACAGUUUUCAGCUGUUUUCUAAUGCUCAAUUAGCCUUUUAAAAUGAUAAACUUGGAUUAGCAAACACAACGUCCCAUUGGAACACAGGACUGAUGGUUGCUGAUAAUGGGCCUCUGUACGCCUAUGUAGAUAUUCCAUUAGAAAUCAGCUGUUUCCAGCUACAAUAGCCAUUUACAACAUUAACAAUGUCUACACUGUAUUUCUGAUCAAUUUGAUGUUAUUUUAAUGGACAAAAAAAUUGCUUUUCUUUCGAAAACAAGGACAUUUCUAAGUGACCCCAAACCUUUGAACGGUAGUGUAAAUGGAUUUUAUAUAAGGGGGCAGACACUUUUUUGUGAUUUCACAUCCUCAUUGUGUAGUAUGGGGGCCCCGUAAAAACAUGAACAAAGGCUCCAAAAACACCCAAAUACGUCCUUUUAGAAAAGGAAAACCUUUCAGUAUAGUGAUGCAGGUCUUUAGAUGUUUCCCCUAUCCAGCUGUUCCAUUCUCUGUGUAGCCUGCUGCUACAGGUAACUACCAAAAUAAAGGAAACACCAACAUAAAGUGUCUUUAUAGGGCCACCAUGAGCUGCCAGAACAGCUUCAAUGCACCUUGGCAUAUAUUCAACAAGUGUCUGGAACUUCCUGUGUGGAAGCACUCUAUGCUUUCAAUAUACUUUGUAUCCCUCAUUUACUCAAGUGUUUCCUUUAUUUUGCCAGUUACCUGUGGAAUGAACGGAGAGGUAUCGCUAUAGACGCAACAAAAUGAAAUAUGACGUUGCGGAUAAAGUUCGGAAUGACACAAUUUCAUGUGUACAACAUUUAAAGACCUGCUUCACUAUACUGAGAGCUUAUCCAUUUCUAAAAGGAUGUAUUUGAGUGUUUUCGGAGCCGUUGUUCAUGUUUUUUUACGGGCUCCCAUACUACACAAUGAGGAUGAGGAAGUGAUUUGCCGUUUGGGGUUUCUCAAAAAUGUGAAAUCCCAAAAAAGGUGAAUGGACCCUUCUAUAACAUGCUACUUACAUCAAAAAUAGAGAUUUUGUUGUAAAAAAAAUAAUAGAACUUCUCCUUUAAGCACUGAGCAACAUUCAGAAACACUAAGCAACAUUCAGCAACACAUAUCCUGAAGCAAUUCAAAAUAAUAUUAUUUGUUUGGUAUAAUUUUGCCCUUUUUGUCUUUCUCUGUACUUCUUAUAGUUUCCUCCUCUUUUUUUUCCUCCUAUUCUCUACGGUCUCCUCUGCUCUCUUUGUCAUCAGAGGAGGCUGUGAGUAUGUUCUCUCUUUCAUCUUUUCAUCUGUCUGUAGUCACACCAGAACUGUACCUUAACCAAGUAAAUACCCCCCCCCCCCCCUUCAAUCUUCACUCAUCUCAGUCUAACUCCAAACAAGAUACCAUAUUGGUUUGCAAUUACACCUUUUUCUGUCUCUCUCUGUGUAGUUUGAUGGGACGAUCCUGCUGAUCUCGUUGCUGGUUCUGACACUUUUGUUGGGCCUGCUGUUCAUGUGGUGGUUCUGGCCCCUCUGCUGCACCUUGGUAAGACUAGCUCUUGUCUCUUCAUUCAGCAGAGUCAGGAGUAUUACUAUGGGAAUUGUAGUUAUUUUGAGUAUGGAGAGGGAGGAUGUUUUGUUGUGUUUAAUGUAUCUUCUUCCUGAUUUACUUGUUCAAUGUGAAUGGUUCUCUCUCCAGGUCAUAAAAGAGCCCCCACCACCUCCUCCCUCAGAGCCAGUAAGUCACCCACAUAGAUAUUCUAUAAUUCAGUUUUCCUGAUGUUGCUAGGAUGCCAAUGUGAUCUGAAAAGUCAUAGUCAAUCGAUCAAUAAUAUAAUAAUACUUUUAGCAAAAAUGUUUAUUUUCAAUUUACAAUCUGUAGAAACAAUGAGAAUAGAAAGGUUCAGAACUUUUGUAAAACAUCACAGUACAGUUGAAAAAUAUAUGGCAAAUAGAAAUCCAAUAUGGAUGGUGUUAAGAGAUAGAUGGGUGGUGUUGAAUGAAGUUGAAGGAUGGGACUAACAACAACUAAUAACAACAAGAAAACUAAUGUAAAGCAUACUGUGUCCAUAAUAAGUAUAUAGGUUAUAGGUUGAGAGCUUUUGUGAAAGAGCACAGUUAGAAAGAUAUGGCAUAUAGAAGCAAACUGGAUGGACAUCAUGAAAAUGAUCGGAGAGGUUGAGGGUAGAGGAAGUUCAGGAGUAAAAACAAACAAAAUAGAAUUAUUGUAAAAUUGACUGUGUCCAUAAAAUGUAUAUAGUAUGUAUAAGCUGGAAGUAGAGGCCUAAGCAUUGUUGUUCACUAGUUUACUCCAAUUAGGGAAGGGGUGGUGGGGUUGGAAAGUAAUAAAGGGAAAUAUAUUUUUUUAAAGGAUAUCUACAGUGGGGGGAAAAAGUAUUUAGUCAGCUACCAAUUGUGCAAGUUCUCCCACUUAAAAAGAUGAGAGAGGCCUGUAAUUUUCAUCAUAGGUACACGUCAACUAUGACAGACAAAUUGAGAGAAAAAAAAUCCAGAAAAUCACAUUGUAUGAUUUUUUUAUGAAUUUAUUUGCAAAUUAUGGUGGAAAAUAAGUAUUUGGUCACCUACAAACAAGCAAGAUUUCUGGCUCUCACAGACCUGUAACUUCUUCUUUAAGAGGCUCCUCUGUCCUCCACUCGUUACCUGUAUUAAUGGCACCUGUUUGAACUUGUUAUCAGUAUAAAAGACACCUGUCCACAACCUCAAACAGUCACACUCCAAACUCCACUAUGGCCAAGACCAAAGAGCUGUCAAAGGACACCAGAAACAAAAUUGUAGACCUGCACCAGGCUGGGAAGACUGAAUCUGCAAUAGGUAAGCAGCUUGGUUUGAAGAAAUCAACUGUGGGAGCAAUUAUUAGGAAAUGGAAGACAUACAAGACCACUGAUAAUCUCCCUCGAUCUGGGGCUCCACGCAAGAUCUCACCCCGUGGGGUCAAAAUGAUCACAAGAACGGUGAGCAAAAAUCCCAGAACCACACGGGGGGACCUAGUGAAUGACCUGCAGAGAGCUGGGACCAAAGUAACAAAGCCUACCAUCAGAAAACACACUACGCCGCCAGGGACUCAAAUCCUGCAGUGCCAGACGUGUCCCCCUGCUUAAGCCAGUACAUGUCCAGGCCCGUCUGAAGUUUGCUAGAGUGCAUUUGGAUGAUCCAGAAGAGGAUUGGGAGAAUGUCAUAUGGUCAGAUGAAACCAAAAUAGAACUUUUUUGGUAAAAACUCAACUUGUUGUGUUUGGAGGACAAAGAAUGCUGAGUUGCAUCCAAAGAACACCAUACCUACUGUGAAGCAUGGGGUGGAAACAUCAUGCUUUGGGGCUGUUUUUCUGCAAAGGGACCAGGACGACUGAUCCGUGUAAAGGAAAGAAUGAAUGGGGCCAUGUAUAGUGAAAUUUUGAGUGAAAACCUCCUUCCAUCAGCAAGGGCAUUGAAGAUUAAACGUGGCUGGGUCUUUCAGCAUGACAGUGAUCCCAAACACACCGCCCGGGCAACGAAGGAGUGGCUUCGUAAGAAGCAUUUCAAGGUCCUGGAGUGGCCUAGCUAGUCUCCAGAUCUCAACCCCAUAGAAAAUCUUUGGAGGGAGUUGAAAGUCCGUGUUGCCCAGCGACAGCCCCAAAACAUUACUGCUCUAGAGGAGAUCUGCAUGGAGGAAUGGGCCAAAAUACCAGCAACAGUGUGUGAAAACCUUGUGAAGACUUACAGAAAACGUUUGACCUGUGUCAUUGCCAACAAAGGGUAUAUAACAAAGCAUUGAGAAACUUUUGUUAUUGACCAAAUACUUAUUUUCCACCAUAAUUUGCAAAUAUAUUCAUAAAAAAUCCUACAAUGUGAUUUUCAGGAUUUCUUUUUUCUCAUUUUGUCUGUCAUACUUGACGUGUACCUAUGAUGAAAAUUACAGGCCUCUCUCAUCUUUUUAAGUGGGAGAACUUGCACAAUUGGUGGCUGACUAAAUACUUUUUUCCCCCACUGUAUAUAUAUAUGUAUGUGUGUGUAUGUAUGUAUGUAUGUAUGUAUGUAUGUAUGUUUGUAUGUAUGUAUAUAUAUAUAUAUAUGCGAGGGGAAAAAAACAUAUGGGGGAUUGGAAGUGAUGCAGAUAAUUACAUUGAUGGAAGUUACAAUCUAUCUGCAAUAUUAAAGCUGAUCUACCCCCUAAAAAAAAACGUCCAUUCUAGUGUUAUAUUUAAUUCUGUGGUCACCCAAGGAAACCCCUCUACAUGUCUGAAUGGUUACACAGCCUACACCUCAACUCCCAUACUCAUAUUUACACUUCUAACUAACUAUUCCCAUGUCAGGAGUCUGAUGAUGAAGAUGGUAUGCCCAAAAAGAGAUGGCCCACAGUGGACGCAUCCUACUACGGAGGGAGAGGGGUGGGGGGCAUCAAACGCAUGGAGGUACACGUAUGCACACACACACGCACACACAAAUUAUAGCAGAGCCGACCCUGUGCGGAAAUGGAUAUCAGAUAAUAUAGAACUGGCUGAAAGGAAUUCCUGCUGUGUGUGUGUGUGUGUGUGUGUGUGUAGGUGCGGUGGGGGGAUAAAGGUUCUACAGAGGAAGGGGCUAAGCUAGACAAGCCUAAGAAUGCGGUGGUGACGAUGCCUGAACAGGAGUAUGAAGCGUACCAACCCAAACCACGCACACCCAAGCCCCGGAAACCUCCUCAGGACAGGAAGUGGUACGCGCCUAUACAGGUAACACACACACAAUAUAUAACACACACAUAAUAUUUUUGGGAUACCCAGAAGAACAUUGCUAGCUCAUUAGGGGUUCAAGCAGCGAAGCGGUGAGAAAUCCUAUUGUAUUUGUUGGUGUUCAAUGCUAUUAUGACGGUUCUUCCGUCAAGGCCUAAGAUGUUGCGAAUUUACAUUAAGGUACACCCUCUCGUGCAAUGCGAUGGCAAUUGGCCGCACAGGCACAUUCAGAUUGACCACAGGUUGGCGCUAUAACAGGCAUACAUGUAGAGUGAAUUCGGAAAGUAUUGAGACCCCUUGACUUUUUCCACAUUUUGUUGCAUUACAGCCUUAUUCUAAAAUUGAUGAGAAAAACAUUAAUUUAAUCCAUCUACACACAAUACCCCAAAAUGACAAAGCAAAAGAAGUUCUUUUUUUUAUGUUUGCAAAUGUAUUAAAAAUAAAGAGAAAAACCUUAUUUACAUAAGUAUUCAGACCCUUUGCUAUGAGACUCGGAAUUGAGCUCAGGUGCAUCCUGUUUCCAUUGAUCAUCCUCAAUAUGUUUCUACAACUUGAUUGGAGCACCUGUGGUAAAUUCAAUUGAUUGGACAUGAUUUGGAAAGGCACACACCUGUCUAUAUAAUGUCCCACAGGUGACAGUGCAUGUCAGUGUAAAAACCAAGGCAUGAGAUCGAAGGAACUGUCCGUAUAGCUCCGAGACAGGAUUGUGUCGAGGCACAGAUCUGGGGAAGGGUACCAAAACAUUUCUGCAGCAUUGAAGAUCCCCAAGAACACAGUGGCCUCCAUCAUUCUUAAAUUGAAGAAGUUUGGAACCACCAAGACUCUUCCUAGAGCUGGCCGCCUGGUCAAACUGAGUAAUCGGGGAGAAGGGCCUUGGUCAGGGAGGUGACCAAGAACCCGAUGGUCACUCUGACAGAGCUCCAGAGUUCCUCUGUGGAGAUGGGAGAACCUUCCAGAAGGACAACCAUCUCUGCAGCACUCCACCAAUCAGACCUUUAUGGUAGAGUGGCCAGACGGAAGCCACUCCUCAGUAAAAGGCACAUGACAGCCCACUUGGAGUUUGCUAAAAGGCACCUAAAGGACUCUCAGACCAUGAGAAACAAGAUUCUCUGGUCUGAAGAAACCAAGAUUGAACUCUUUGGCCUGAAUGCCAAGAGUCACGUCUGGAGGAAACCUGGCACCAUCCCUAUGGUGAAGCAUGGUGGUGGCAGCAUCAUGCUGUGGGGAUGUUUUUCAGCGGCAGGGACUGGGAGACUAGUCAGGAUCAAGGAAAAGAUUAACGGAGCAAAGUACAGAGAGAUCCUUGAUGAAAACCUGCUCCAGAGUGCUCAGGACCUCAGACUGGGGCGAAGAUUCACCUUCCGAAAGGACAACGACCCUAAGCACACAGCCAAGACAAUGCAGGAGUGGCAUCGGGACAAGUCUCUGAAUGUCUUUGAGUGGCCCAGCCAGAGCCCGUACUUGAACCCGAUCGAACAUCUCUGGAGAGACCUGAAAAUAGCUGUCCAGUGACGCUUCCCAUCAAACCUGACAGAGCUUGAUUGGAUCUUCAGAGAAGAAUGGGAGAAACUCCCCAAAUACAGGUGUGCUAAGCUUGUAGCGUCAAACCCAAGAAGACUCAAGGCUGUAAUCGCUGCCAAAGGCGCUUCAAAAAAGUACUGAGUAAAGGGUCUGAAUCCUUAUGCAAAUGUGAUAUUUCAGUAUUCUUUUUUUAUACAUUUGCAAAAAUUUCUACAAACCUGUUUUUGCUUUGUCAUUAUGGGGUAUUGUGUGUAGAUUGAUGAGGGAAAAAACAUUUUUAAUCAUUUUUAGAAUAAGGCUGUAACGUACAAAAAAGUGGAAAAAGUCAAGGGGUCUCAAUACUUUCCGAAUGCAUUGUAUAUCUUUUGAUUUGUUUGACUCAGUCGUGCAAUUUGGCACUCAUGCUUAGGGAUUAGGGAGUCUACAGUGCCUUGCAAAAGUAUUCAUCCCCCUUGGCGUUUUUCCUAUUUGUUGCAUUACAACCUGUAAUGUAAAUUGAUUUUUAUUUGGAUUCCAUGUAAUGGACAUACACAAAAUAGUCCAAAUUGGUGAAGUGAAAUGAAAAAAAUAACUUUGUCAAAAAAUUAUACAAAAUAAAUAACAGAAAAGUGGUGCGUGCAUAUGUAUUCACUCCCUUUGCUAUGAAGCCCCUAAAUAAGAUCUGGUGCAACCAAUUACCUUCAGAAGUCAUAUAAUUAGUUAAAUAAAGUCCACCUGUGUACAGUCUAAGUGUCACAUGAUCUGUCACAGGAUCUCACUAUAUAUACACCUGUUCUGAAAGGCCCCAGAGUCUGCAACACCACUAAGUAAGGGGCACCACCAAGCAAGCGGCACCAUGAAGAACAAGGAGCUCUCCAAACAGUCAGGGACAAAGUUGUGGAGAAGUACAUAUCAGGGUUGGUUUAUUUAAAAAAAUCUGAAACUUUGAACAUCCCACGGAGCACCAUUAAAUCCAUUAUUAAAAAAUGGAAAGAAUAUAGCACCACAACAAACCUGCCAAGAGAGGCCCGCCCACCAAAACUCACGGACCAGGCAAGGAGGGCAUUAAUCAGAGAGGCAACAAAUAGACCAAAGAUAACCCUGAAUGAGCUGCAAAGCUCCACAGCGGAGAUUGGCGGAGAUGACCCAUCAACUUCAAUGAACGAUGGAGAUUAAUUGGGUUUUCUGACCAUAAUAUCAUUUAAGGUGCUCAAGUCUUUUUCCAUAGUUUUUUAUGUCAUUUAUCUUGUUUUGGUAAUAUAAUUUCUUAAGUUACCAAAUUUCUAAAUAUACAGUAUGUCAACCCAUCAGCUUAGCAGCCUGACUUGUUUGCCACCUUUUUUGCAUCAUUUCUUUGAACCAUACAAUUUUUCAAUUCAUCAUCAAUCCAGGGGGCUCCAGCAGUUCUCACAGUUAGUUUCUUAACAAGUGCAUCAAUCAAUUAAAUGUAUUUAUAAAGCCCUUUUUACAUCAGCAGAUGUCACAAAGUGCUGAAUGCUUGUCAACAAUUGACAAGAAUAAUUGUACAAAUUCUCCUCCUUAUACACAUCAGAGCAACAUACAUGUUUUACAUCUUCAACAAAAGAGUCCUGAGAAAACAUUUUGUAUGAUCUCUUAUAAAUAACUUUAGGCCCUGCCUUUGCUACUUUGGCGUUCCUUGUUAUUGCCACAAUGUUAUGGUCACUACAGACAAUGGGAACUGAUAUUGCUUUGUAGCAAAGUUCUGCAGCAAUAGUGAAGGUAUGAUCAAUACAAGUGGAUGUCACAGAUUCAACACUAUUGGUAUACACUCUAGUUCAGGGCUAGGCAACCCUGGUCCUGGAGUGCCGCAGCCAUUUUAUGUUUUUGAUUGAACUGACCUGGAAGACCAGGUGUGUUGAAUUUAGGCAAUCACUGAACUGAUCAAUUAGCUCAAUUGGUCAGGUGUGGUAUCAAGUGUGAACAAAAUUUUCCAGGAACAGGGUUGCCUACCCCUGCUCUAGUUGGUUGAGUGAUAAACUGGGUCAUAUUACAUCAUUAGUCACAGUAAGAAGCGUCCUCUUGAGAGGACAACUAGAUGAAAAUCAGCCAAUGUUCAGGUCACCAAGAAAAUACAUUUCUCUGUUAGCAUCAGAGACCUUAUCUAACAUUACACACAUUCUCCAGAUAUAGACAAUUUGCACUUGGUGGCCUAUAGCAGCACCCUAAAAGGCUUUAGAUGAGGCAGGUGAAGCUGCAACCACAGCACUUCUACUUCAUUUGUCAUGAGAUCCUCUUUGAGCUUUACAGGAAUAUAUCUGUGUCACAAAAUGAGUGACAAAAUGGUACAAAACCUGGCCAGAUCAUUUCAAGUCAUCAAUCUCAAGUCAAAGUCGAGUCCUGAGGUGAGGCUCCAAGUCCAAGUCAAGUCUCAAGUUAUUUUAUUUUCUAUCAAUUUGUGACUCAAAACCAAGUCAUGUGACUCGAGUCCAUAACUCUGGCUUGAACCCCCGGCAUGGCUGCUUGCAGCUAGCUAUAUUUGUCAUUAUCAUCAGUCCUGACGCUAAAAAACAACAGCUUAUUAGCUCGAUGCAAUAGCAGUCUAUGGUAGAAUGUUUAGCUGUGAAAAAGGUCUAUGGUACUCACCUGGAUACAGAAAGGAUUCAUAAAUAGAGCACCAUAGAAAAGCUAUUUAUUUACCCCCAGCUUUUAAUAUGAUCCCCUGAUGGAACAUUUUUAUUCCCCUCCCUUUUCUCUAUCCGCAGGGGAAGUUGGAUGCUCUGCGGGCUCUGUGUCGUCGAGGAUAUGAUCAGGUGUCCCUGAUGAGACCUCAGCCUGGAGACAAGGUGAGACUGUUACUUUUCACAUGCAGGCACACAGACACACAAACACAGACACAGGACUCCCCUAUAGAGUCUGGUUCCUCUAAAGGUCUCUUCUGGGGUGUGUGUGUGCAUUGCAGUGAUCCUUUUCAAUGAAGCAUCUGCACUCUCUGUACCAUAGAAAUGGCAGGUGCUAGUGAAACAAUCACAGGACUAUACUAUUAGUCACUGGUAGCUCCCAUAGUACAGCAAUCGGCCUCUCACACACACACACACACAGAUGGAUGUUUCUAUGUAAACUCUGUGAAUAACCCGCUGAAAACUGGCUCUCUUUCUGCCACACGCAUGCACACACACAUACUUCCUGAAUUAACCGCUAAUAACACUCUCUCUGUCCUACACACACAAAGCUACUAUUGUUCAAACACAGGGAGAGUUGUGUACUGAUACGGACUGUGAGUUGAUUGAGUUUCCAGCUUCGUGUAGGAGUCCUCUGCUACUCUCCUGAGAGGAACUGCUAGCUCAGAUACAGUAGUCUGCCUAAAAAGAAGAAGGAUCAGGCAGAGAUAAUGUCAUUUAACACAACAGUACGUACAGAUGGGAGCCACCUUUCUAGUUGUCUCUGUUUCAUUCACUGGGAAGAAAAUAUGUUUUGGGAUACGACAGAGGCAGGUUUACUUUAUGACUGCUAUUGUUUGUGUUAUGUUAGUGUUAUUGUUGUGCAAAGAAGGGGAGGGGUAGACAAAGACAGAGAGAGACCCCCCCGCCCUCUCUUUCUCUUCUCACCAUCUCUCCCUCUCAAGGAGAAUCUUCUUCACAUUCCCUCUUUCACUCCUUCUCUCUUUCAUCCUCUUUCACUCCUUCUCUCUUUCAUCCUCUUUCCCUUCUUCUCCCUCUCUUUGUCUGUCUGUCCUUUCUGUCCUUCUCGCUCUCUCGAUUUCCAUCUUUCUCUCAUUCUCCCUCUCAAUGCUCUUUCUUUUUUAUCUCUGUCUUUCGUUCCUUCGUGACUGGGUUAGAGUUGGGGUUAGAGGGGAUAGAGGUUAGAGGGGCCUUUAACAGACCCUUGGUGGUCUUAUUUAACACCUUAUUAAACAGUGAGGCCCUAAAUUCGCACACUCACACACGCAUGCAUGUACACACACACACACACACACACACACUCACACACACAAACACACAUCGAUAGGUCCUAAAGUCACAGAGGGGACAUUACAGAGCCCAUUGAGAAGGAGUGGCAUUGUUGAGUUGAGAGGGGGGAAAGGGGGUGUAGCGUCAGUAGAGGGAUUGAUGUGGGAAGCCUGGUUGGUUCUGACUGCGGUGGUCUGGUCGGUGAAAAGGGAAGCAGCAGAGCAGCAGACCUACACCAGAGACAGCAUAUGGACACAAUGAGAACACAAGCUCAUGAAUAUCAGAGAGAGAGGGAGGAGGGAAUCCCUUCCAUAUGCUGCUGUAAACCAGCGUGGCGAGCCAGGGGUAUUGUAACCAAUGUGGUUUGGGGUAGGGGAGAGUUGUGUAUCAGGUGCUUAUUGCCAUCAAGCUCUCACAGUCUCACGGCAGAAAUAUACGUUUUUGUACUUUUCUCCAAACAUCACAUUUCAGAAGGUUUUUGACACCCUGGGUUGACUCCUGCUCAGCAUCAUUCAGUUUCUCCAAACGUCACAUUUCGAAGUUAAAGGGGAAGUUCACCCAAAAACACUUCUGGGCACUUUAUAACACUUGCCUGGCAGUACCCCAGACAUUGUUUGAGUAUUUAGAUUUCUGUAUUUUUAUAUAAAAAUGCUGAAUUUCCUAAAUUACUUAAAAUGCAUUCAAAACUAUGUGUAUUUAUUGUUACAUAAACAGCGAUUGAUGUCUCUGCAUCAAAUUGCCAAAUAGAUGUUGUGGUUUUUAUGUAAAAAGUAUAAAAAACAAAGUCCUACUUCAUGCUAGCGCAAAGGCCUUCCGUUGCGAAUAUUAUACUCCACUUUGUGUUCUUGGAGUUACGGUCUAGUGUAAAUAUGGCGGAAGUGGAUGCUGAGUUCGAAAUUAAGCAGCAUGUCCAGUAAAUUUGGUGAAGACCAAUGUUCUGAAUGGACAACAGUAGUAUUGAAAACUGGAACAAAAAGGAAAUUUCUAAAAUUGGAGUGGAGGAUACGUGUGUGAAUGAUAAUGAAUCGCUUCUUGUUGGGAUGCGUUUGUUGAGUAAUGAUGCAUAUGUAGGAAACCCGUUUGAGUUGUCGAAAAUGGUGAAGUAUGCGCUUGGAAAAGUGGAGUCUGUCAGAGUGACCAGGAGUGGUCUAAAUUUGAUUAAUUGUAUUUCUGAAGAGCAGAGGAAGAUUGCAGUGGGCGCGGCGUCUGACCCGCUGGGUGAAUGGAGAAAAAGAAGAAAGUCUGUCAGUCCUGUUGUUUUUUGAUAAAGAGCAAAUACCUACGCAUGUGAAGCUUGGUUAUGUAAGAAUUACUAUUAUACAGUAUUUGUAUUGAAGAUUGUUUAUUUUAUUCUAUACAUUGAGUUUGUGUAUGGAUGUGAUUGUGUGAGUCUGUGAAAUCACAGAGAGAAAGAACAACUUGUCAGAUGGUGCAUUGAAGACUGAUGUAUUCCUGUCCUGACUUUUCAUAAUACCAUUGCAGAUCUACACUACAGUUCAAAAGUUUGGGGUUACUUAGAAAUUGCCUUGUUUUCCAUGAAAACAUGCAUGAAAUUAGUUUGAAUAGGAAAUAUAGCAAAAUGAGUAGGAAAUGUAGUCAUUGACAAGGUUAGAAAUAAUGAUUUUUAAUUGAAAUCAUAAUUGUGUCCUUCAAACUUUGCUUUUGUCAAAGAAUCCUCCAUUUGCAGCAAUGACAGCCUUGCAGACUUGGCAUUCUAGUUGUCAAUUUGUUGAGGUAAUCUGAAGAGAUUUCACCCCAUGCUUCCUGAAGCACCUCCCACAAGUUGGAUUGGCUUGAUGGGCACUUCUUACGUACCAUACGGUCAAGCUGCUCCCACAACAGCUCAAUAGGGUUGAGAUCCGGUGACUGUGCUGGCCACUCCAUUAUAGACAGAAUACCAGCUGACUGCUUCUUCCCUAAAUAGUUCUUGCAUAGUUUGGAGCUGUGCUUUGGGUCAUUGUCCUGUUGUAGGAGGAAAUUGGUUCCAAUCAAGCACCGUCCACAGAGUAUGGCAUGGCCUGGCAAAAUGGAGUGAUAGCCUUCCUUCUUCAAGAUCCCUUUUACUCUGUACAAAUCACCCACUUUACCACCACCAAAGCACCCCCAGACCCUCACAUUGCCUCCACCAUGCUUGACAGAUGGCAUCAAGCACUCCUCCAGCAUCUUUUCAUUUGGUCUGCGUCUCACAAAUGUUCUUCUUUGUGAUCCGAACACCUCAAACUUCGAUUCGUCUGUCCAUAACACUUUUUUCCAAUCUUCCUCUUUCCAGUGUCUGUGUUCUUUUGCUCAUCUUAAUCUUUUAUUUUUAUUGGCCAGUCUGAGAUAUGGCUUUUUCGUUGCAACUCUGCCUAGAAGGUCAGCAUCCCGGAGUUGCCUCUUCACUGUUGACGUUGAGACUGGUGUUUUGCGGGUGCUAUUUAAUGAAGCUGCCAGUUGAUGACCUGUGAGGCGUCUGUUUCUCAAACUAGACACUAAUGUAUUUGUCCUCUUGCUCAGUUGUGCACCGAGGCCUCCCACUCCUCUUUCUAUUCUGGUUAGAGACAGUUUGCGCUGUUCUGUGAAGGGAGCAGUACACAGCGUUGUACGAGAUCUUCAGUUUCUUGGCAAUUUCUCGCAUGGAAUAGCCUUCAUUUCUCAGAACAAAAAUAGACUGACGAGUUUCAGAAGAAAGUUAUUUGUUUCUGGCCAUUCUGAGCCUGUAAUCGAACCCACAAUUGCUAAUGCUCCAGAUACUCAACUAGUCUCAAGAAGGCCAAUUUUAUUGGUUCUUUAAUCAGCACAACAGUUUUCAGCUGUGCUAACAUAAUUGCAAAAGGGUUUUCUAAUGACCAAUUAGCCUUUUAAAAUGAUAAACUUGGAUUAGCAAAUACAACGUGCCAUUGGAACACAGGACUGAUGGUUGCUGAAAAUGGGCCUCUGUACGCCUAUGUAGAUAUUCCAUAAAAAAUAAUCCGUUUCCAGCUACAAUAGCCAUUUACAACAUUAACAAGGUCUACACUGUAUUUCUAAUCAAUUUGAUGUUAUUUUAAUGGACUUUUUUUUUUUUUUUUUUUCGAAAACAAUGACAUUUCUAAGUGAUCCCCAAACUUUUGAACGGUAGUGUACAUAAAAGCCCAAAAAGACAGCCGUGGUGUCGCUCUUCAUUUCUUGGUUCAUCUUUGGUACAUAUAAAGACUGCUUCAGAUUGGUGCCGCGACCCGGAUCAACAGAUCAGCUGCAGCAGAUCGCCGGGGGACCCCUACACAACUAGAUUGACGUCACACGUUUAGAACAUUUGAGGGCAAGGUUAACUUUGUACAAUAUGUUGCGUACACCUCAGUUGUAUGAGAUUACAGAACAGGAGAGAGAAGACGUAUCAGAUGUUGGUGAUAACAAUGUACAUGUUACUCCGGUUGGUGUUACUGUGAGGGGUGCACAAGUUAUUACCACUGGGAUGGGGCGGGGGGCUCAGUUGGCCAGUAUGGUGGAACAAAGUGCUAGAGCCAGGCCUGUUUGAUACCCAGCAGCCGAUACUAGAGGGCCAAAUGUUAGCAGUAGCCAACCAGAGCAUGAUAACAGAAGCCAACCAGGCAAUGAUAACAGUGAAGAGUCUCAGAAGCCCAUAGGGAGUGAAAAUGAAAACCAAACCCAGUUGCAAGUCCUAGCAGAGUUAGUCAAACAACUGGGCAGUCUAAUAGGAAAUCAAGUUGCCUGCUAGUCUAGCAGGGGAUGCGCCAAGCACUCCCCAGCCCAUAGCACUAAUACCUGAUUGGUCAAAGGUCAACCUAAUUCUGAAGUCAGAAGUCAGAGAACCACCCCACUUCAGGGGUGAUAGCACAUACCGGUGCACAGUCACUGAAUGGCAAGAAAUGAUGCAAGCUUACUUGAAAAAGAAGGGAUGCAGUAUAUCAGAAAGAGAUACAGGACUGACAAAUGGGGCGGGCUAAAGACAUAGUAAGAAUUGGGCUCCGUGGAAACCCCCUCGUUAACAUAAGCAGAGACCCUGAAGCCAUAUACAAUAUCCUGAGGCAGCACUUUGGAGAGGCAAUCUAAUCCUCAAUUCCAUUAGGAUACUUCUAUGAAACAUGCAAGCCUAUUGAAAAUUGGACAGUUGGAGAUUUACAGGCAAUGAUUGACAGCCAUCACAGAGACAGUCAGCCAGACACAGGGCGCAUAGUACUGCCAAGGUAGAAGACGCGAUGACCCCCAACACUUGGUGUAUGACUCAACAAUAAGCUGUCGGUCAUGAUAAUUCAGCCACACCCACUAACUAACAGUGAUCAGGCUUCAUUGAACAAAGUGAUUUCUCUCCUGGAAAAGCAUAAAAAGACCAUUACAUGGGCAUAGGCAGACGUUGCAAUUGGAGGAUGCAUUUUUAUGCAUAUUCUAUAAUGAGAUUCAAUAGGCUACAUCUGCUGGCCCAAAAACAUUUUCAUGUAGGCUACACUGUCCCGCAAAAUCACCCUGUUGUCCUGCAUUUGGGUAUUUUAAGGUAGGCGUGUUUUGCACUGAGUGAAAGGUGAUCUCAUUCUUUUUGGAACCGGGAUGCCUCCCGGCCAUGAGCCAGGUGCACGUUCAAAGGACACGGCGAAUUCAGCGCAAUACAAAAGAGGCGUAAUUAAGCACAUGGAGUAAUGAGUAGGAUUCUGUGGGAAGAGCUCAAUUGCAUACUCCUCGCGUCCUCUCUCCUUGUCUCCUUCUCAAAACACAUUGGAUGAGAAAGCCAGAGGUACUCUGGCUUUCUCCCCCAAUGUGUUUUGAUGCGAGAGUACGCGAAGAGUAUGCAGUUGGGAUCUUCCCUGUGUUUCACAUGCAAAAGUGAUUGCCUUCCCAGUGAACAUUUUAUGGAAAAUAUGUAUGUUUCUGGACGAUGCACCAUGCUGCCUUGUUGACAACAUGACAGAGUGGCGCUGCCUUGUUGGCAACAUGACCAGUUCUUCCUCUCCGCCAUAGACCGGUGCCCCCAGCUCAGCAUAAUCGAAUCGGCCCAUUUAUAUUUCUAUGACCCCACGGAUCGCUCAUUUCAUGGCAAAGUUUGCAAAUAACAAAUAAUAGAUACAAAUGAUAUACUUACUCAUGAUAUACUUCUGCCAGGUAAGCCUACUGGCAGUUAACAUUUCAUUGAGAAGGUUUUGGGGAAAGUAUUUCUGUCAACCCACAAGACUGAUAUCACAUCAACUGGCUACACACGGAGUGAUAGACAAACGCACGCACCACACAGACAGACGGGCAAUAUUGCUGGAAAUUAAUUUGCAGAUAUUGUGUUAGGUUUGGCUUUUUAAGCCGAUAGUGGCUAACCAGGGGUGGGAUAAUAUCAAUGUUGCAUUGAUUAGAUAGUAGCUAUAAAUAUCCUGUGAGUAAUAUUACCCAAAACACUUACGCUUCAGAGAGCUUCCCAUUUGGACUGUCAGGUGUGGCAUGUCCUUUCCAGUUGAUCCUGGGCAUUCUGAAGAAAGUCUCCAACACACGAGGAUUGAUGAGAGACAAGAAAUCGGAGUGUUUAGUUCCACACGCGCCAUCUUCUGCUUCAUCGUCAGUCUGAUGUUCUACCUCAUCCAUUAUGGGAAUGAGCUGGUCCCGUUCUCGACAGAGGACACAUUUGCUGUCUGUUGGUAAAUGUAGGCAUCUCCUGCAACUGCACCACCAGUCACCGUCUGUUCUGGGAAGAGCCUGUGGUUCAUCGAUGUCUGCUUGCUCCUGUCUCUCUAGCUUUUCUCUCGGUCAAUCUGCAAAUGGACCAACUCAGCCUCAGUAUACUCCGGCUCAAACCGAAAUGGCACAACAGUACCAUUCUGAAAAUAAGGCCGGUCUCCAAUUUCCCUCUUCGUUCACGUGAUCUGAUAUUCUUUACUCGAAUUAAAUUUGACGAGGGCAGCAAAUACUGUGAGGGCACUUUGGAAGUCCCAACUUAGGUCCCGACUUGCGGCACACAUUCAUUUACUUCCUGGAUUUCAAUGUGAAAAUACGUUGUUAAAAAUUAUCGUACUGAAAUAAGUUUGCUUACAAAUUGUGCAGAGAAAGUCAUUACAAUGAAUAUUACGGUCAUGGGAGGCCAAAGCGGUGUGUUUGAGAGAUAUUUAUUAUGGACUUUGAGGUUGAAUGGGGUUUCUAUGGGGAAGGUGGGGUAGAAUCAUCUUAUUAUAUACAUCAAAAUACUCAAACAAUCAACCUAAAAACUGUCUGGGGUACUGACAAACGGCCAGGCAAGUGUUAUAAAAGGCCAAGAAGUGUUUUUGGGUGAACUUCCCCUUUAAGGGUUAAGGUUUUGGAUAGGGUUAAAACAUUAAGUUUAGGCAUUAAUUCCGAAUGGUAAAGGUAAGGGUCUACCACUGGAAUUGAACAUGCGAUCUUCUAAUACGGGUCAAUGCCCUAGCAAAACCCAAGCCUACUUGAUGGUAAUAGCGCUCACUGUUGCCCCUAGUGGCCGGUUUUGAAGGCAUUUCCCGACACAGACGUCCAAUUUCGAAGUCAAUCUUGAGCUAGUCUGCAGAGAUUUGGGAGUGUGUCAGAGGGGUCAUAACCUAGCCUGGGUACCAGUCUCUAGCUAACAUUCAACUCCUUGAGAGACUGGCCUUUCAGCAAUCUUCAAAUAUAAACAUUCUGUCAUGAAUGAGCUCGAGGAGAUCAGAGGAUAACCCUCACAGCUAUCAUCCAAUCACAAUGUUUAUGCAAAUUAGACUGAAAGGAAAACGUUCUAACUUAAUUCAUAAAUUUGCUUGGACACAUUCUAACAUUGGGCAUUCUGACAUAAUACAUUUCAUUGUACAACAGUGGAGGCUGCUGAGGGGAGAACGGCACAUAAUAAUGGCCGGAACGGCGCAAAUGGAAUGGCAUCAAACACCUGGAAACCAUGUGUUUGAUGUAUUUGAUACCAUUCCACUGAUUCCGCUCCAGUCAUUACCACGAGCCCGUUCUCCCCAAUUAAGGUGCCACCAACCUCCUGUGUCGUACACAUAAACAUUGGAGAACAGAGGAUUCCUGUUUAUUGCAUUUUUCCCACCAGCCAAUGUGAUCACAUCACACCAGAGAAGCUCUUGCCAUUCAAACUUCCCCGCCAGUUCAUUGUUAACACUGUAGCCUAUUUUAUAUCCAGCAAGCAAGAGCAAGGUGCUUCUUUCCUUGAAAAAAAUAAAUAUAUAUAUACAUACACUACCGUUCAAAAGUUUGGGGUCACUUAGAAAUGUCCUUGUUUUCGAAAGAAAUGCAAUUUUUUUGUCCAUUAAAAUAAUAUCAAAUUGAUCAGAAAUACAGUGUAGAUAUUGUUAAUGUUGUAAAUGGCUAUUGUAGCUGGAAACGUCUGAUUUUUUAUGGAAUAUCUACAUAGGCGUACAGAGGCCCAUUAUCAGCAACCAUCAGUCCUGUGUUCCAAUGGCACGUUGUGUUUGCUAAUCCAAGUUUAUCAUUUUAAAAGACUAAUUGAUCAUUAGAAAACCCUUUUGCAAUUAUGUUAGCACAGCUGAAAACUGUUGUGCUGAUUUAAAGAAGCAAUAAAACUGGCCUUCUUGAGACUAGUUAAGUAUCUGGAGCAUCAGCAAUUGUGGGUUUGAUUACAGGCUCAAAAUGGCCAGAAACAAAUAACUUUCUUCUGAAACUCGUCAGUCUAUUUUUGUUCUGAGAUGAAGGCUAUUCCAUGCGAGAAAUUGCCAAGAAACUGAAGAUCUCGUACAACGCUGUGUACUACUCCCUUCACAGAACAGCGCAAACUGGCUCUAACCAGAAUAGAAAGAGGAGUGGGAGGCCCCGGUGCACAACUGAGCAAGAGGACAAAUACAUUAGCGUGUCUAGUUUGAGAAACAGACGCCUCACAGGUCCUCAACUGGCAGCUUCAUUAAAUAGUACCCGCAAAACACCAGUCUCAACGUCAACAGUGAAGAGGCGACUCCGGGAUGCUGACCUUCUAGGCAGAGUUGCAAAGAAAAAGCCAUAUCCCAAUCUGGCCAAUAAACAGAAAAGAUUAAGAUGGGCAAAAUAACACAGACACUGGACAGUGGAAGAUUGGAAAAAAGUGUUCGGAUCACAAAGAAGGACAUUUGUGAGACGCAGACCAAAUGAAAAGAUGCUGGAGGAGUGCUUGAUGCCAUCUGUCAAGCACGGUGGAGGCAAUAUGAUGGUCUGGAGGUGCUUUGGUGGUGGUAAAGUGGGAGAUUUGUAAAGGGUAAAAGGGAUCUUGAAGAAGGAAGGCCCAUGGGACCAGUCAAAAGUUUUAGAACACCUACUCAUUCAAGGGUUUUUCUUUAUUUGUACUAUUUUCUACAUUGUAGAAUAAUAGUGAAGACAUCAAAACUAUGAAAUAACACAUAUGGAAUCAUGUAAUAACCAAACAAGUGUUAAACAAAUCCAAAUAUAUUUUAUAUUUGAGAUUCUUCAAAUAGCCACCCUUUGCCUUGAUGCCAGCUUUGCACACUCUUGUUCCAUAACGUCAUGGAACAAUUAAUGUUGCUCCCAACUACCAAUCAGCAACUCCAAUCACCAACUGCAUAUUGAACGUUGAGAUUGCCGAAAGGCCCAUUCCUUUGACAAGGAGUGGAAUGUUAGCUAAAGACACUGGUAUUCACUACUCAAGUCAUAACCUGCCUCUGGUGAGAAACAAACACAGCUCCAUAUAACCCUCAGCAUACCCAGCCUCUCAGGCCCUCUCUCACCCUUGUUUUUCUAUCCUCGUGGGGAUCUAAAAUGUAUUUCCAUUCAAAAUCCUAUUUCCAUUCAAAAUCCCUAAUUGUAACCCUAAACCUAGCCCCUAACCUCAAAAUAGCCUUUGUCCUCAUGGGGACGUGGGAAAUGUCCCCACAUGGGAGAAUUUUCCUUGUUUUACUAUCCUUGUGGGGGCUUUUGGGGACAGAAGAACAUGACCAGACAGACACAUACCUACAUCGCUGUGGUUUCUUGUGAGAUAGCUACGUCUCAGCUAAGCAGAGAGAGAGAGGACAGAGAGAAAUAGGGGGUAAGAAGAGAGCGAGAAACAGACACAUCUGUACUGACAACUCUGCCUGUCGCCUCACAUGACGUUAAAAGGAUCCACUCACACACUUCACUCAGACACACACACACAUUUCGCAGGCAACUGUAUAAGAUCCCUCCUUCGCACAACCAAAGAUCCACUUACACACGCUAUGCAUAUAGCAGAACAAGACCCCUAUUCUGCAGAUGUGAUAUCUCUAUUUGGCCAAAGGUUCCUGUGAGUUUGGUGGAGAGGAGGAGGAAGAGGAGAGAGAAGUUGGGAGGUCCUGAUUUGCGUUGACUAUUUAAUAAACAAGGCUCCUCCCUCUUUCCUCUCCUCUCCUCUGUGUUACGGGGCCAUCAGGUGACAAUGAAAGGGAAUCACUUCUGUCACAGUAUGGCUUGUGGCCUUUCAACUUCCCAUCUGGUUGGGUGAAGCGCUUUUAUAGAAGAUGACACACACACACACUGUGGCAGAAACUGGUAACCCGCUGACGGCCGUUCAUGGGCCCAUUGGAGUGAGAGUAAUGUGGAGAGAUGGGAGAGUGAGAUGCAUGUGUUUGUCAGAGAUGGGAGAUUUUCAUAAUUGAUCUGGAUGUCUUAGUGCUUUGUGUUUUAUUGUUGUGCUGGUCGUUAUCGCUGUGCCUUUUUUUGUUGUGCUUUUCGUCAUCGUUGAUGUGCUUUUUAACAGUGUGCUUUUGUCGUUUUUGGUUUGUCAUUGUUAGGUCUGCAUUGCUUGCUGUUUGGGGUUUUAGGCUGGGUUUCUGUAUAGCACUUUGUGACAUCUGCUGAUGUAAAAAGGGCUUUAUAAAUACAUUUGAUUGAUUGAUAUGACAAUUUUUAAAAGAUAUCCAAAACCUAUGCAUGAAUAAAACCCUGGAGGAUGACUCAGAGACGUACAGAGAUGAGAUAACGCUUUGUCUUUUCACAGAAAUGUGUCUUUGCAUCUGAAAUUGGCUCCCUAAUAACAAUACAGAAAUACAAAGGUUAGAGAAGUCAUUGUCUUUUGAUUUCUCCCCUCAUUUCACCUCAUGAGAGAGUUGGAGAUGUAUUCUGCCCAGUUAAUGACGCGUGAAAGGACUUGUAAGGGGCUUUGUUGAGUGGGGCUCUGUGUGUGUGUCGUAGCUCAGAGACGAUGUGUUACAGAAUUCUCUCAGAACACUUAGAGGAGUGGAUUCUUUAACACUUUUAUUAGCACCCUAAAACCAUUAUUCUUAGUUUGCGCUGUUCCCCCCCAAUCUUCACCUACCUUGAUGCAAAACAGGACAUAUUCCUGGGAUGUGUGUGUGUGCGUGCUGGUUUACAUUGUCACCUUUUAAUCAGAGAGGACUCUGCAACCAAACAGUGAUGUAACUAACUGUGGAAAAAGCGUCUGAGUUGUGCGCUCCUGGUCUAACUUGUUUCUGUCUGUCUGUGUUGCAGGGUCGUUGUAUCAACUUCACACGCAUAAAAAACAAGGAGUCCUUUCGAACCCCUUCUGCCCGUCGCUCUCAAACCCUUCCCCCUCCUCCCCCUCCAGACCAGAGGCCUCUAGUCCAACCGUCCUCUCCUCCCCCACACUCCACUCCUCCCAUCUCCAUCCCUCCCUCCCGUGCUCCCCCAUCCAGCCGACUUCCCCCAGGCCCCCCUCCAGCCCGUGCACCCCCAGGCCCCCCUCCCUCUCGACCCCCCACCCAGGCCCUGAGGACAAGACGAACCCCUACUACGCCCUCACAGUAG